AUGGCAUUAAGGCUAAUAAAAAGGUUCAGUUCAAUACUUUACUUUAUUAUCACUAUAGGCUUCCGAAUUGAAGAAGGAAUUAAAAAGUCGGCUUUGUGUUCAGAUUCUGAAACUGUAUCUACAGAGUUCGUUGAGAAUAGCAAGUCAUCUUUCAGAAGUCCGGUUAAAUCAGAUCUUCCUACUGACGACCAAGAAAAUAAAGAAAAUAAUGGUAUAACAUCUACACCGAUAAGCAACAGCGAAGAAUCUUGCGUUUUAAACCGGACAUAUGAGCUGUCUUCUCCUGUGAUGUGUUGUAAGGACGACACUGUUCAGAACCCAGUCAAACAGUAUCCAGAAUCCAAAAAAUCGAUCACUACUAAAAGACCAUUGAAUGUCAAAACGGUCCCAGAUUUUAAGAAGAUACAUGCAAAAGCCACUUCAAAAACUGAAUCAAUAAUGGCCUAUGCAUCACGACAUCAUUUAAUCAAUAAUCCUCGACCACCAUUUGCAUCACCACCUUUUGUUAACAAUCAUAAUAAAGUUUCAAAUUUAUUGAAUGAUAAAUCAAAAAUCUCUUUUACAAAUCUAUCUUCUCGUAAGUCUAAUCUUCAAAAGAAAAAGUCAACAACACCAGUAAAUGAUAAACGUACAGCAUUGAAAAGAAAUUCAAAUUCAAACUCAUUUAAACGAUGUAAUAAACCAGUUCUUCUUUCAAGUUUAUCAUCUAACAAUCAGAAAAUCAAUACAAAUGUAAAUAAUCAUCAUCAACCACAACAAUCAAAUAACUCAUCAGCUACUAAUUCAUUAUCGCGUAAAGCUACUAUUAAUAUCCCAGCGGACAGUGCGUUUGCUCGACGUAAAGCGUAUGAUUCUAAAUGUAAUCAAGCACGUCGUUUAUCCCGUUCAUCAUCAUCAUCAUCACUGCGUAUUUCUAAACGACUAUCAACCACAACAACAACAACUCCUAAAUCAACAUCUCUUUUGCAACAAGAUGCUCGUACACCUAAACCGUUAUUUGUCAAUAUUCACCGUAAUAAAAUGGGAUUAUCAAAUAUUUACAAACAAGAAGAUGGUUCUACAUCAGGGCAACAACUAUAA